AUGUUGGGUAGAAGACGUAAGCUACAGGAAGCGAAACCUUUCAAAGAGGUUGAAGGCGAGAUAAGGUAAAUUAUCUUUCUGCUAUCUCUCGCUUUUAGAUUUAACAAACGCUUGUUUUGUUUUAAAAAUUAAAUAUUGCGUUUUAGAGGCUUUAUUGAAGCUCAAAAAGAACAAGAACUAAAAAAAUUAUGUAAAACAUAUAAAGAACGGUUAGAUGAAGAUCUUGAUGCUUCGUUUUCUCGGGAUUUUGAAGUUUCGCUAAGAGACAUACGUCGAAUGGAGUUGGACAAAUGGGCUACAAUAAAGAACGAACGUUUGAAUCAGUCUGCUAACAAGGUAAGGUUUUUGUUAGUUUCGUUUUGCGAUUUAAGUUGCUUUACAAAUACGACUGUGAAAAGAAGAUCAGAAAGAACGAUGGUUUUUAGAUGGGCAAAACAGCUUUUUUAAGGUUUAAUUAGAAUAGCUAAAUUAUAAAAACAUUUUUCUUUAACUUUUUAAUGUCAUUUAUUCUGAUUUUAGAGUCUCAACGUUUCGUUUCCUUCUCCAAAGCCGUCUCUACCCAAAGAGUCCGAUACCGUCGAAUUCAACCAUGAACUGUUUCAUACCAAAGUUCUAAUUGAGAAGCUCAAGGCAUCUGGCGGAAAAACUGUUUUUUCAAGUUUGGAAAAUCAACCAAAGGUUGUUGAGAAGGCGUUGCUCCAGAAAACGGAUUCUAUUUUGAAGCCAGAAGCCGUAGCGUCGUUGUUGCCGUCUGAAGAUGCUUCAGUUAAAGCCAGUUUUACAGUUGGAGCUUUGGCUGGUGAAGAUAAAAGUUCUGUGGGAUUUGGUGAUAGUAAAGGGUCGAUUAAUUUGUUAGGAACCUCAGGAAUACUUGGAAAUGCAUCUACAGCUCAUGCCUCUUUUGUCACAUCUACUCCGUUAGCUGGUUCACCGAAUGUUAAACAGGAGGGCGAGCCAACACCUGUGAAACCGGCUGGUAAGUUUUAUUUGAAUUUAUAAUAUGAAGUUUAGGAAUUGACGUAGGUUUUUGUUUCGUUGUAUUGAUUUUACCUACAUUAAUAUAGCGUGAUUCUAAGAAGACAAUGUAAAAACAGGGAGCAAAAACAACAACUUAUUCUUCUUUUAGUUAUCCCACCUUCAUUAUCAACUCAACAGACGGUAACUGCUCAACCAGCUGAACUAAAGCAAAAGUUUGAUGGGUAUAUACAGAAGUUGGUGUCAGACCACAAGACCUUACGAGCCAAACUAACAAAGUUCCGUAAAGAGCCGGAGAGUGCUAAGUUCUGUAACUCACUGAAACGUAUCAUUAAUGAACAAAUAGAUGUGACGACCAGCAAAGACUACAAUGACAUCAAACGCAUUUCAAUGGCUCACAACUUUUUCGAAAGUUUGUUCAAUGGCAGUCCAGUCAGGGGAUCUGGCGAUGAAGGUGAAGUAAGGUUGGACUUGGCCAAUGAAAUUGCCGUGGAGUAUACGAUUGCGUGGAUUUGUGAACGAUACACGGUAUGUUUUAGAUGUUAUUGUCAUGCGUAAAGUAUUGCUUUGUGGGAAUGUAAAGUUUGUACUAUUAUCUUUAUAUCAUAUUAUACUCAGUGCAAAAUAGUUAUCUGGAUUAACAAAUUUUAGAAACUUGUGGCUACUGACGGAGAUCUCAUCGAAACAAUUGCUACUAUCUUCACCAUGCUGAUCAGGUUGAACAGUGUGAUUAGAGAACGGCUUAUGGCGUCCAUUGUUUCCACUAGUGUUCUUUUAAAAAUUAAUAACGAUGAAAUGCAAGUUUUAGAUACGCUACUAUUACAUUUUUUAAAAGUGAUCAGGCCUGCAGUAGCCAAAUGACAUUUUCAACUUCUGGCUGCUGUAAUGUUUUACCAGUUUUACCACGUUUGAAUUGUUUUCGAGUGUAACUUUUCAUUUUACCAUUUCAGAAUCAAAAAAGUGACAGAACUGGGUAAUAUACCAGCAGAAGAGUCGUCAGUAUGGUUGCCAGAAGAGAGUAACAAAGUCCGGUUACUACUCAAAGUCUGCUUAUACACUAGAAGCUUGGCUUCCAACACUUUGGACCCUGAUAGUCUGAUCAACACUUUGUUGCGGACUGCUUUGUUCACUGAACCUGUACCGAUCUCAACUUGUUUCAUACUAACUGCCAUUAUUCAGGUAUGUUCAUGUAGGGUUUUUUAAUGAGGUAAUGACUUAUAUUGUCGUAAAUGUGAUGGUUUGGUCAAAAAGUUUACGGAAUUAGCGAUUAGCUUCAGUUUUAUUUUUUUGAACUUUUGACCUAGUAAUGGUUAAUAUAAAUCUUUAUUGUUGAGUCAAAGUUUCUACUUUUUUAGAUAUACAAAAAAGCAUACGUUUUUGGGCCACAAACUCCAGAACACGGAAAGCGGAUUCAAGAGUUGAUGGAAAUGGAUUGGACUUCAGUUUUAGCAUCAUAUAAAGCCAAUAUUCAGAAGCCAGAAGCAUGGAACGUCCUUGAAUCACGGCAAAACGUGUGUCUUCAACAAUUAAAAUCAGCUAUACAAGAACCAAAAUAA